UAAGCGGAAAUAUGACAAUCGAAACUGGCGACUCGAAGUGUUACAACCGCAAGUGAACUUCGGAAGCAUAUUUGGAUUUAACGGAAGUCGCCAUCUUAAAUUUAAUUUAAAAAAAGCAACCCUGCCUAUCGAACAUAAAAGUGAAGUGAAUAUAAAUUAUCCUUAUACGGUAUAAGGAUUAAAAAGUUUAUAAUAAGCAAACAAGGAAAAUAUCUCUGUGUCCUUGAAAACUGAAAAUUCAAGCUACUGUGCCAAUAAAUAUUAAAUGAGUAACGAAUUAAAUUAAUUAAUAUACGAAAUUAAUAUUCAAAUAGUGGAAAAGAAACAAAAUCAAAAGCAAAAUGUAUUACAUAUUUAAUAAGAUAAUAAUUUUAAUUGGAUUUAUCGCAUUAAAUAAAGUACGGCUCACUGUAAGCCGAUAUAUAGCGCAACCGAUGUAUUACCCUGGUCCAUCUUAUCAUGGUCCGUCUUAUCCGGGUCCAUCUUAUCCUGGACCAUCUUAUCAAGAUACCUUAUCACACCAUACUGGUUAUUAUGGACCACAAUAUCGGCCAGCAAUACCAUAUGAACCCUAUCAGCCCACGUUAUUCUCACCGCCUGGUACAAUUUACGAUAGUAGGCGUGGUGUUGUGACAACAUUUCCUGGCGGAGGAAUACCACUUUUAGUUGACUAUAAUAAACGUUGUCCAGGUAAUUAUCGUGGUACUCAAUAUCAUCCUAACCGCCAUCAUUAUUACUUCGUUUGUACAGACUACUGUGUUAUAUUUGGCAAAUGUAAUGGUAUGGAGGUUUUUAAUAACUCGACUGGUCAUUGUGGUAAUCAUCCAAUGCAACACUAUAAACCAAAUUGCGUUACAGAAGGUCGUUUCCCUAUUACCACAGAUAAAUCAAUAUAUUACAGAUGUAGUUAUGAUUUAACAGCGCGUGUAUAUUCCUGCCCACAUGGUAUGGUCUUCUCCAAUAACAGUUUAACAGUCGAAAAGUAA